ACUUAGUGUGCUCCUUGAGACGUCCACAUAUGAGGUUCCGGAUAAAUAUAUUGUGCCGAGAUGGAGAAAAGAUUUGGAAAGAGGGUACACAUGCAUUCCUACCACAUACACUACAUAUGGGGUUGUUCUGAAUGCAAAGGUACAUGAUAACUACCACAAGACAAUGGAUGAAAUUAUAGAAAUUGCUUCCAACGAUGAUGCUAAGCACAAAGUCAUUCAACUUGGGUUAAUAGAAAUCAAGGAUAGAGUGAGACAGGUUGAGGCCGGUUGUGCGAGUAAUUUGCCACCUUCUACUAGU